UAAUUCUGAAUUGGCACAUGGACUUGCCUUUAACAUCCUACAGCUACAAAAUGGUGCGUAAGUAAAUAAUUUACAUAUUUUUCUUCUUUUUCUUCCCUGGCAGAAACCUUUAUCUCGUAAAGGAUCAUGCCGGAUGGAGAGGCGGAACAGUGAGGAGCAAGAUGUGGAUGAUACUACUAAAAAGGUUGCGGUGAAAGUGGUUCCUUCUCACAUGGAGCUGUUUAAGCAACCACUAAUUGCGAAUAAAGCUCUUGUAGUUUCGUCUACAUCAACCAAUACCCCUGUUUCAGAUGCUGGAGAUGGAAAGCCUAGGAAGUUUCUUCGUGUAACAAUCAUCAACCCCAGGAGAAUUCUUCUCCUCUUUGCUUCUUUGUCUAGCAUGGGGACAAUGAUUCUUAUAUAUUUUACACUUGCACUCCAUCAGCGGCAAAGCCUUGAUUGAUACAUAGCUUGUUUAUCAAGUGAUUUGCCGGCAUGAUCACAUUUGAUUAAUUGAGAGCAGACUAUAUACUAGGUGGGAGCUGAACAUGUUGGAAGAAAGAUUUGAUGCACAUGAGCAACUAGUAAGUGAGAGUGAAACCGUCAAGUACCAGCCUGGGUAUUUGAUUUUGAUGCUUCAUGAAAUCACAGCUGUGAACUGGCAAAUCAAAGAGAGUAUUCUCAUGUUAUAUAGUGCUUUGAUUCGUCUUACAUAUUUUGUUUUACUUUUUGAGCCAUGGCAGUGUCUUUGGUAUGAUCUACUACAUGGAAUGUAUUUGUGAUCUUGAUGUUAGUGAUCAUUAAUGUAGAUAAACUGUACUAUUU